AUGCCGGCAAAAGUUGCUUUGCUCACUUAUUCGAUGUAUGGUCACAUUGACAAACUAGCCGAUUCGGUUGAAGAAGGCCUCAAGGUCUCCGGGGCCACCGUCGCACGUUUCCAAUUCCCAGAAACUUUAGCACCCGAGGUUCUACAGAAAAUGCAUGCGCCAGCCAAGAAAUCGAUCCCCGUCCUGACUGACCCGACUAUAUUAAAAGAGUACGAUGGUCUAUUACUUGGGUUUCCGACUCGAUAUGGAAGAACUCCUGCACAAGUUUCUACAUUCUUUGAUAUGACAGGCGGACUUUGGCAAACGGCAGGUCUAUAUGGCAAAUUUGCCGGAAUCUUUACGAGUACCGCUUCACAGCAUGGCGGGCAUGAAACCACUGCCUUGACGACUAUCCCUUUCUUUGCCCAUCAUGGGAUCAUUUUUGUCCCUCUUGGAUAUACGAAUCCCAACUUGACCGAUAACAGCGAGAUAACGGGUGGAUCAGCAUGGGGUGCCAGUACUAUUGCUGGUGGAGAUGGAAGUCGUGCACCUACCACUAAAGAGCUCAACAUUGCCGUCGGUCAAGGGAAGUCAUUCGGGGCGAUCGUCAACCAAUACGUUGCUGGUGCCGGCAAGUAA